AUGUUAGUUAGGUGCGUGUCCAUAACAGCUCUUCUUUGUGGGCUCGAAGGCUGCUUCGUGAAGUACGACAACUCCACGUUCCUCGGCGUUGAAGAUAAGACGGUGGUGGUUAGACGAUGCGGAGCACCGGUUGGGAGCUAUAACUCGGACGAGUUGGCUCGGAGAGACUCGGUGGUGGGUUAUUUAGCGGCGAGCAGCGGUGGAUCAUACAGAGUGGGAGUGUCGGGGCAACUGCAAGGUGCGGCGCAGUGCACCGGAGAUCUCAGUGCGAGCGAGUGUCAAGACUGUUUGAUGGAGGCGAUCGGACGGCUGAGAUCGGAUUGUGGAACAGCCGCUUGGGGUGACGUGUAUCUAGCCAAGUGCUACGCGCGAUACUCUUCGCGUGGAAGCCACUCCCGAACCAACGCUUACGGUAAAGCCUGCCUUCUCUGCUCCGUUGGUUUCGUUUCUCUUAAGGUUCUUUUUUGUGUUUAA